AUGGAUGUAAAUAUAUGGAAUAUCAAUAAACUGGAUAUAAUUUUGGACUUUGUAGAAAGGGAUUAUGGAAUGAGAAUUGAUGGGGUCAAUUCAUCAUACCUUUAUUUUGGGGUGUGGAAAACAACAUUCCCUUGGCACACUGAAAAUAUGGAUCCAUACAGUAUAAACUAUAUUCAUUACGGAAGUCCAAAGUCAUGGUACGCAAUACCACCAUCACACGGACGGCGUUUUGAAAUAUUUGCUAGUAGUUAUUUUCAAGAUUCUAAAAUAUGGUCAGCAUUUCUAAGACAUAAAAUGUAUUUGAUGUCGCCUACAAUAUUAAAAACAAAUGGCAUUAAAUUCGAUAAAAUUACACAGGAGUCAGGAGAAUUUAUUAUAACUUUUCCUUAUGGAUACCAUUCCGGUUAUAAUAAUGGUUUCAACAUAGCAGAAUCUGCCAACUUUGCUCUGCCCCGCUGGGUGGAAUAUGGAAAAAGGACGAGACUGUGCAAAUGUCGAAGUGACAUAAUUAAAAUCGAUAUGACAACAUUCAUUAAGAAAUUUCAACCUGAAAAAUUUGAUUUGUGGAAAAGCGGUAGAGAUGUUGGGUGCCAUCCGGAGGAUCCCACAAGAAAGUUUUCAGCACCUUUGUAAUUUUAACAAUUUUUAUUUUAUGUGGUACCUUAAGUUUCUCUAAGACAAUUUAGUUUUGGUCUCCAGUAUUUAAGUGUAAACACCUGAGUGAUAAAUACUGAGAGCAUUAUAUCCAAAAGCCUUAUUUAAACCGUUUUGUUGUACAGUAGUACAGUCUUUGAUUUACCUAUGAAAAUCCAAUAAAGUGAAUGAUUGUUAA